GGCUCUCCCAGCUCUCCUCCUUUCUUUUUUCCUGGUUUCUUUUUCAUUUGCCGCCUUCUUCCCUCCGCUUCCACCAUAACAGGGGAAACAAAAGCCCUCUUAGUAUCACAGUCGCGCCUCACCAUCGCCACCAGCACCAUCUGCCCGCUAGCUCUCGAUCUGAGGGCUGACCGGCACCAAGGCAGGAGGUGCAAAGAAGGCAGGGAUGGCGGUCCGCGGUCCAUUGCUGAAGGAUGAGCUCGACAUUGUGAUCCCUACCAUCCGCGAUCUGGCGUUCCUGGAGCAGUGGAGGCCAUAUUUGAGCCCCUACCACUUGAUUAUCGUGCAGGAUGGCGACCCGACGAAGAAGAUUCACGUGCCCGAGGGGUACGACUACGAGCUGUACAACCGCAACGACAUCAACCGGAUCUUGGGGCCGAAGGCGUCGUGCAUCUCGUUCAAGGACAGCGCGUGCCGGUGCUUCGGGUUCAUGAUGUCGAAGAAGAAGUACAUCUUCACCAUCGACGACGAUUGCUGGGUUGCGAAGGACCCGUCGGGACACGAGAUCAACGCGUUGGAGCAGCACAUCACGAAUCUGCUGUCGCCCUCGACGCCGUUCUUCUUCAACACGUUGUACGACCCGUACAGGGCGGGCGCGGACUUCGUGCGCGGGUACCCGUUCAGCAUGCGCGAGGGCGUGGCGACGGCGAUCUCGCACGGGCUGUGGUUGAACGUGCCGGACUACGACGCUCCGACGCAGCUGGUGAAGCCGUCGGAGAAGAACACGCGGUUCGUGGAUGCGGUGAUGACGAUCCCGAAGGGGACGCUGUUUCCGAUGUGCGGGAUGAACCUGGCGUUCGACAGGGAGAUGAUCGGGGCGGCGAUGUACUUCGGGCUGAUGGGCGACGGGCAGCCGAUCGGGCGGUACGACGACAUGUGGGCGGGGUGGUGCUGCAAGGUGAUCUGCGACCAUUUGGGGUUCGGGGUGAAGACGGGGCUGCCAUACAUCCACCACAGCAAGGCGUCGAACCCGUUCGUGAACCUGAAGAAGGAGUACAAGGGGAUCUUCUGGCAGGAGGAGAUCAUCCCCUUCUUCCAGCAGGUGGUGCUGCCCAAGGAGGCCGUCACGGUGGAGCAGUGCUACAUCGAGCUCGCCAAGCAGGUGGGCGAGAAGUUGAAUGGACUGGACCCGUACUUCACCAAGCUAUCGGAGGCCAUGGUUACCUGGAUUGACGCAUGGACUGAGAUUACUGCCGCCUUGAAGGAGGGCAAACCGAUCUCUAAUGGAGUCGCGAAGUCUUCUCGGUAGUUAUUCGUAGUAAUUUAGCACGUUUGUAGGACAGUUAAAUCAAUCUAUACAUAUUGUGUCUUCCCAUGGCGCAAUAAUCCCAAUUUUUUUAGCAGUGACCUCGAGCAAUGCAUUUUAUCGAAAACAUUUUAUUCAUGAUUCAAAAUACUAUUACUCUGUUGGGUCGCA